AUGUUUGCCAUUCCCGGUUCGCCAGAAAAGACGCGCUUUUUGAUUGAAAUUGGUAUGCCGCGCUCGCAUGUAUUCGCAGCGCGCGACCUUGCCGAUCUGGCGCGGGCCGUCACUACCACAGCUACCGCGCAGAGCGACCUACUCUACGAGAAUAUCAAGGCACUGGCGCCCCUUGGUCAUCUGAUAGACAUCGGUCGGCUGGGCGUCAAUGACGCUAGAAUCAUCGACCUCGCCUGUUUGGUCGACCAUGACCCAGAGCUAGGCUUGCAGCUUAUGCAAGUUAUAGAUGAUCACUACCGUGCUAGUCGCGUUAGCCCUAUCCACCCUGUGACCCUGUCGGAAAUCUCUCAGCUAGAUCAAACGCUUCUCGAGUUCUCCAAGGGCACGCGCAUCGGCAAGCUGAGAUUGAGUUUCCAAAAUCACGACUUACUCGUGCGGAUGGACAUUCGUACUUCACCUGGAGGGAUGCUAUGUCAUCACUGGUAG